AUGGGGGCGGGCAGCGCUUCGCAGCAAUACCUGUCCGGAACGUCCGUGGAGGAACUUUCGGCAGAAGCAUGGAACGAGCCCGGAGUGCGAAACAAAGUGGUGAAAGCGUUCGAGGUUCUGGAACUGCAGGAUGCAGCAUUGCGCCUUGAAGGGGCCGAACUGUCCAACUACUUCGGUGGCAAGUACUUGGAUGGCGAGCUUUAUGAUGGAGGGGGUUACUCCGAGGCAGUCGUGGAAGAGCUUUUCACAUACAAGUACGACACCGUGGAUGGCGCAAUGUUCGUGUGGCAAUUUGCCUUCGACUUGCGUUCAUUUGGAGAACCCGAUGAACCAUUCACGGUGCUAUACCAUUACACAAACAAGCUGUGUUUUCAGAAUGUGGGCAAUGUGGAUCAAUCUGCUGCGGAGUUGUUUGCUUCUUUGGUGGAUUCGCGUGCGCACUUCGGAAAGGGUGUUUACACCACCCAGCACGAGCCAGCCGUGUGGAACUCAAUGACCCGGGUGCUGUUGAAUAAUUACAGCAACGAGAAUCCACUGCGCCAUGACUUGACGGACGCGGAGUCGCGCAGGGUUGUCGACGAAUGGGGUGCCGCCAAUCCGUCGGGACAUCGCGGAGAGUUCUGCAUUCCAUUGAUCGUUCCAGAAUCCAUGGCAUUCAACAUCUUCCACCGACAGACGCCCGACAUGACAGAAAGGCAGAUCUGGGAUCCCCGUGAGCAGCAAGACCGUGCCAUUGCUCUUGGCCAGGACUACAAGGGACGUGCCGUACAUCCGAACCGGGACGUGUGGGUCGUCAGAAUUGCGGAUGCAUCCGGUGAGUUGCAGCAUGCCGCCGCUGAUGCAGACGGGUUGCUGGAUUUGCUGCAGCGGCGCUUGUCCAACUUGCGGGAUAGCGUGGGGAACGACGAUGUCCGAACGCUCAAGUGCAUGUUCGACUUGGCGGUGAGGUUGCAAGGUCGAGCCAGACUCAAAGAUGCAGAGUCUUUGUAUCGUGAAUGUUUGCAGGGUCGUCGGAAGACAUUGGGUGACGAGCACCCACAGACCUUGGAAAGCAUCAACAACUUGGCGGUGCUUCUGCAAAAGGAGGGUUUGCUUGAGGAGGCAGAGCCCUUGUACCGUGAAGCCCUGGCGACAUGCAAGACACAGCUGGACGAGGACGAUCAGGGGAUAUGGCUGAUCGUCAACAACUUAUCUGUACUCCUCCAAGAUUUGGGGAGGUUUUCCGAGGCCGAACCUCUUCUUCGAGAAGCCUUGGAGAACAGAAGGGCUCUCCUGGGCGAGGAGGACCAGAAAGUCUUGACCAGUACCAACAAUUUGGCGGUGCUGUUGUACAUGCAGGGAAAGCUGGGCGAAGCUGAGCCCUUGUUUCGUCAGGCCAACAAGAUGUGCAAGGCUCUGUUGGGCGAAGUUCACCCCCAGACGCUCAGCAGCUACAACAACCUCGCUUGCAUCGUGGAGCAGCAGGGGAAAGUUAAAGAGGCAGAAUCGCUGUUCCGCGAAGCUUUGGGGAAGUGCCAGGCAAAACUUGGUGACGGUCAUCCCGCAACGUUGGACAGUGUGAACAAUCUGGGUUUGCUGCUUCUGAAAGAUCUGCAACAGCACGAGGAGGCUGAGUCCUUACUACGUGAGGCUCUUGGCAAGCGGCGAGAGCUUUUCGGCGAGGAUCAUCCGGAGGUCUUGAAGAGCAUCAACAAUUUGGCCGGCCUCCUUCAACAGCGAGGCCAUGCAGCCGAAGCAGAGUCACUGUUCCGGGAGGCCUUGGAGAAGUGCCGAGACAAGUACCCGGAGAACCAGCCCCAGCUGGUCACCAUGAUCCACAACCUGGCGAAGGUCGUGCAUGAGCAGAGCCGUGUGGUUGAGGCGGAGGCCUUGUACCAGGAGGCCUUGCAAAAGUGCAAAGGAGAACUCGGCGGAGACCAUGCGGAAACGUUGAGUCUCUUUCACGACCUCGCGCGGCUUCUGCAGGAGCAAGGCAAAGCUGCAGAGGCCGAGCCACUUUAUCGAAAGGCGCUUCAGAAGUGCCGGGAGAAAGGCGAGGAUCACCCACAGUUUCUGCCUUUCAUGAAUAACCUGGCAAAGUUUCUGCACGAGCAGGGGCGCUUGGAAGAAGCGGAGCGGCUCUUCCGUGAAGCCUUACGGAAGUGUCAGGAGACAUUGGGCCCGGACCACCAGGGCACGCUGGCAUGCUUCAACAAUUUGGCGUCACUGCUCCAGGAGCAGGGCAACACUGAGGAGGCUGAGGCGCUGUACAAGACGAGCCUGGAGCGGUGCCGGGUGAUGUUGGGCGAGGAUCAUCCUCAAACGCUGGCCUGCGCGCACAAUCUGGCAACGCUUCAGGCGAGAUGA